AUGGACAGGAUGGCGGCCUUUGGGCCCUUGUUUUGUGAUAUCACAUGGGGGGCUGGCGGUUCAACUGCUGACCUCACGCUGGAAAUUGCUUCACGAAUGCAGAACAUGGUGUGCAUGGAGACGAUGAUGCACCUAACAUGCACCAACAUGCCUGUUGAGAAGCUGAACAAUGCUCUCAAAGAGGUAAGGGGAGAUGCUCCAGAAGGGCACGACACCUUCACACCCAUAGAAGGAGGGUUUGCAUGCGCCCUUGAUUUGAUCAAGCACAUCCGGAAGGAGUAUGGAGACUACUUUGGUAUUGGGAUCGCUGGCUAUCCUGAGGCACAUCCGGACUCCAUUCUUGACGAUGAAGAGAAAAUGAAAGAAAAUUACUGGAGGGACAUCCACUACCUGAAGCAAAAGGUUAAGUAUCGCAACCAGGGCACUGUCUUUCCAGGUCUUGCUUUGUCUUUCCCUGGAGUUUUCUGUCACAAAGAGUGCUGGGACUUACAGGUCGAUGCGGGGGGCGAUUUCAUCGUAUCCCAGCUUUUCUACGAAACAGGAGUGUUCCUUCAGUUUGUGGAAGACUGCCGGUCAGUUGGAAUCACUGUGCCUAUACUUCCAGGAAUUAUGCCCAUCAUGACGUAUGGAGGGUUCAAGCGCAUGACAAGCUUCUGCAAGACCAAAGUGCCACAGAAGAUAACCGAUGCUCUCGAGUCGAUCAAGGACGACGAUGAAGCCGUCAAGAAAUAUGGAAUCAAGCUCGGCACAGAGAUGUGCCGCCAGCUGCUGGACAGUGGGGUUCCAGGUCUGCACAUGUACACACUGAAUUUGGAGCGCAGUGCUGUGAGCAUCCUGGAAGACAUGGGAUUGGUGAAUCGAGACAACCUGCCUAGGCAUUUCCCCUGGCGGCCACCAACAAAUGUGCAAAGGAGUGGGGAGGCAGUGCGACCAAUAUUUUGGUCAAAUAGACCAAAAAGCUACAUCAAGAGAACUGCUGAUUGGGAUGCUUUUCCCAGUGGCAGGUGGGGCGAUUCUCAGAGUCCUGCGUACGGCACUCUCAAUGACUACCAGUUCAUGCGCCGUCACACAAGCAGUGAGAAACGGGCGCAAAAAGCUCGAGAGGCAUGGGGCGAUGUUCUGUCGAGUGUUGAUGAUGUCAAGCAAGUCUUCGUGAACUACUGCAAGGGUGAGAUUAACAUUCUGCCAUGGAAUGAGAUGGACUCCAUGCAGAAAGAGUCAGCAGAACUUGUGCCAAAGCUGCAGGAGCUGAACAAGAAGGGGUACCUCACAAUCACUUCACAGCCCAGGGUGAAUGGUGCACCUUCAACAGACAGCACCUUUGGAUGGGGUGGACCAGGGGGGUACGUGUACCAAAAGGCCUACAUCGAAUUCUUUGUCUCACCUGAGGGUUUCUCUAAAUUGCAACCACAGCUGAACAGUGCCCCAUCCAUCAGCUACAUGGCCGUGAACUCAAAAGGAGAGCUUCACACCACGCUGGACGAUGGGAAUGUGAAUGCUGUCACGUGGGGAGUCUUUCCAGGCAAAGAGAUCUUGCAGCCAACCGUGGUCGAUCCACGCAGCUUCAUGGUCUGGAAGGACGAGGCAUUUGACUUGUGGAUAACAGAGUGGAGCGCUCUGUACGAUGGUGGGUCACAGGAGCGCAAGGUCCUGCAAGAGAUUCGUGAUGAAUGGUACCUUGUGAGUGUGGUUGACAACGACUUCGUACAUGGGGACAUAUUCAAGGUGUUCGGGCUGGGCGAUUGA